AACUUUUCCCGAGCGGCGUCCCGGGCCGCGCAGGACGGCGGCGGCCGCGGCCGCGCGCGCUCCAAGCUGCGGGCCCUCUUCGCCCACCCGCUGUACCGCGUCCCGGAGGAGCCGCCUCUCCUCGGGCCCGAAGACGUGCUCCUGGCCGGCCAGGAGGCGCUGCGCUACUACCGGAGGAAGGUGGCCCGCUGGAACAGACGACACAAGAUCUACAGGGAACAGAUGAACCUUACCUCCCUGGAACCCCCACUGCAGCUCCAAUUUGAUGCCAGCUGGAUCCAGUUCCACCUGGGAAUCAAUCGCCAGGGGCUGUACUCCCGGUCCAGCCCCGUCGUCAGCAAGCUCCUCCACGACAUGAGGCACCUGCCGUCCAUCAGUGCUGAUUACAGUCAGGACGAGAAAGCCCUGCUGGGGGCGUGUGAUUGCACCCAGAUUGUGAAGCCCAGCGGGGUCCACCUGAAGCUGGUGUUGAGGUUCGCAGACUUCGGGAAGGCCAUGUUCAAACCCAUGAGACAGCAGCGAGACGAGGAGACGCCCGCUGACUUCUUCUACUUCAUUGACUUUCAGAGACACAAUGCUGAGAUCGCAGCUUUCCAUCUGGACAGGAUUCUUGACUUCCGACGGGUGCCCCCAACAGUGGGAAGGCUGGUGAACGUCACCAAGGAAAUCCUUGAGGUUACCAAGAAUGAGAUCUUGCAGAGUGUUUUCUUUGUGUCUCCAGCCAGCAACGUGUGCUUCUUUGCCAAGUGUCCGUAUAUGUGCAAGACCGAGUACGCUGUCUGCGGCAACCCACACCUGCUGGAGGGCUCCCUGUCUGCCUUCCUGCCGUCGCUCAAUCUGGCCCCCAGGCUGUCCGUGCCCAGCCCCUGGAUCCGCUCCUACUCGCUGGCAGGAAAGGAGGAGUGGGAGGUCAACCCCCUUUACUGCGACACAGUGAAACAGAUCUACCCGUACAACAGCGGCACCCGGCUCCUCAACAUCAUCGAUAUGGCCAUCUUCGACUUCUUGAUAGGAAAUAUGGACCGUCACCAUUACGAGAUGUUUACCAAAUUCGGGGACGAUGGGUUCCUUCUCCACCUUGACAAUGCCCGGGGGUUCGGGCGACAUUCCCACGACGAGGUCUCCAUCCUCGCUCCUCUCUCGCAGUGCUGCAUGAUAAAGAAGAAAACACUUCUGCACCUGCAGCUUCUGGCCCAGGCCGACUACAGACUGAGCGACGUGAUGCGGGAGUCACUGCUAGGGGACCAGCUCAGCCCUGUGCUCACAGAGCCCCACCUCCUGGCCCUGGACCGAAGACUGCAGAUCAUCCUCAAGACAGUGCGGCGCUGCAUAGAGGUCCGUGGCGGGCAGAGCGUCAUAGCCGACGGCCCGGCACAGCCAUCAGCCGUGGACCCAGGCCAGGCUAACCCGACAAGCUAAGCACCGGAAGAGCCAAGUUUCAGAACGGAUGCUGGAGCCAGGGGUGGGCUGCGGAGCGCAGACCGGCCCUUCACUGCCACCUUACAGCCCCAGAGGCCGGAGCACCAGCUCAGGAAGGAAGCGGGCAGGGCGUGUUCUGAAACAGACGGGAUCCACUCAGUUGGCUUUUCAGCCCUGGGUAUAAAGGUCCCUGCUCCUACAGUGAACUGCCUCGGCCGCACCUGCCCAGAAGGACGGCUUCCAUCACGGCCACAGGCUCUUUUCUGGGAAACCUGGAUCCGGCUCAGGCUUGGGAGAUCUGCAAGCCCUGUUCCCAGGAGUCUAACGGUCAAAUAAAAGGACAUCAAGUGAAUACCU